AUGGAACGCGCGGGGCUGAGUACAGAACGUGCUAAGGUCAUCAAACCUAUUGACCGGAGGUCGGUCCAUCAGAUUUGUUCUGGGCAAGUGGUCCUGAGUCUAAGUUCUGCUGUGAAGGAAUUGGUAGAAAAUAGUGUGGAUGCUGGUGCCACUAAUAUUGAUCUAAGGCUUAAAGACUAUGGGGUGGAUCUCAUUGAAGUUUCAGACAAUGGAUGUGGGGUAGAAGAAGAAAACUUUGAAGGCUUAACUCUGAAACAUCACACUUCUAAGAUUCAAGAGUUUGCUGACCUAACUCAAGUUGAAACUUUCGGCUUUCGGGGGGAAGCUCUGAGCUCACUUUGUGCACUGAGUGACGUCACCAUUUCCACCUGCCACUCAUCUGCGAAGGUUGGGACUCGACUAGUGUUUGAUCACAAUGGGAAAAUUACCCAGAAAUCCCCAUAUCCACGGCCCAGAGGGACGACAGUCAGUGUCCAGCAGCUGUUUUACACACUGCCUGUGCGCCAUAAGGAGUUUCAAAGGAAUAUUAAAAAGGAAUUUGCCAAGAUGGUCCAUGUCCUCCAUGCGUACUGUAUCAUUUCCUCGGGCAUCCGAAUAAGUUGCACCAAUCAGGUGGGACAAGGAAAACGACAGCCUGUGGUGGGCACAAGCGGAAGCGCCAGCAUAAGGGACAAUAUUGGAUCUGUGUUUGGGCAGAAACAGUUGCAGAGCCUCAUUCCUUUCGCUCAGCUGCCCCCUAGUGACGGCGUCUGCGAAGAGUUCGGGCUCAGCUGCUCGGAUUCUCUGCAAAAUCAGUUUCGUAUCUCGGGUUUCAUCUCCCACUGUACUCAUGGUGUUGGACGGAGUUCAACGGACAGACAAUUCUUUUUUGUCAAUUGGCGGCCGUGUGACCCAGCAAAGGUUUCCAGACUUGUGAACGAGGUUUAUCACAUGUAUAACCGACAUCAGUACCCAUUUGUUGUUCUUAAUAUUGCUGUUGAUUCAGGAAGUGUGGAUAUCAAUGUUACUCCAGAUAAAAGGCAAAUUUUCCUACAAGAAGAGAAGCUUCUGUUGGCAGUUUUAAAGACAUCUUUGAUAGGAAUGUUCGAUAGUGAUGUCAGCAAACUGAACGUCAGUCAGCAGCCACUGCUGGAUAUUGAAGGUCACCUACUGAAACCGCGCUGGGCAGAGAUGGAAAAGCCUGUGCCAGAGACGCAGGGGAGUCCCGCUUCGGUAGCGACGCGCGGAGAAGAGAGAAGGGCAGUGACCAUUUCCAGGCUGCGGGAGGCCUUUUCUCUGCGUCACUCGGCAGAGAGCAGGCCUCAGAGCAGGCAGGCUUCUCCCAGACAGAAGGGAAGCGAGCCGUCUCCCAGGCCCUCCGACGCCCUCUGCCCCCAGGCGCCCCGCUCAGGCGCCGGCUGGUCCGGCCCUCCAGGAGGGCGGAUGAGUCCAGGCGAGGACAGAGUGGAGGCAGAGGGGGACUCCGGGCAUGGCAGCACCUCCGCAGGCUCAGAGGAGGGGUUCAGCACCCCGGACAUGGGCAGUCACUCCAGCAGUGACCCAGCAGCCAGCUCCCCGGAAGACGGGUCUUCACAAGAAAAGAUGGAGUCGUGCGAGAAAUUGCCUGAAACUGGGCAUCAUUUUUCAGACAUGGAGUGCCAUUUAGAACAAGAAGACAGUGGAUGUAAAUUUAGAACGUGGCCUCAGCCAACUAACCUCUCAAACACUAAGCGCUUUAAAAAAGAAGGCAUUCCUUUCGGUUCUGACGCCCCUCAGAAGCCGGUUAACACGCAGAACGUGCCGGCGUCUCAGGUUGACGUCGCCGUUAAAGUUGACAAGAAGAUCGUGCCCCUGGACUUCUCCCUGCGUUCUCUAAGUGCACGCGUAAGGCGCUUAUGUCACCAAGAGCAGCGCAGGGGCGAGCAGAACUACAGGAGGUUCCGGGCCAAGAUCUGUCCUGGAGAAAACCAAGCGGCAGAAGAGGAGCUGAGGAAGGAGAUAAGUAAGACCAUGUUUGCCGAGAUGGAAGUCAUCGGUCAGUUCAACUUGGGGUUUAUAAUCACCAAGCUGGACGCGGACCUCUUCAUCGUGGACCAGCACGCCACGGAUGAGAAGUACAACUUCGAGAUGCUCCAGCAGCACACGGCGCUGCAGGGCCAGCGGCUCAUCAGACCCCAGACUCUCAACCUGACUGCUGUCAACGAAGCCGUCCUGAUGGAAAACCUGGAGAUCUUCAGGAAGAAUGGCUUUGAUUUUGUUAUCGAUGAAAGUGCUCCCGUCACGGAAAGGGCUAAAUUGAUUUCCUUGCCAACUAGUAAAAAUUGGACCUUUGGACCCCAGGACAUUGACGAGCUGAUCUUCAUGCUGAGCGACAGCCCUGGGGUUAUGUGUCGGCCCUCCCGCGUCAGGCAGAUGUUUGCCUCCAGGGCCUGUCGGAAGUCUGUGAUGAUCGGAACUGCUCUUAACACGAGCGAGAUGAAGAAACUCAUCACGCACAUGGGGGAGAUGGACCAUCCCUGGAACUGCCCCCACGGCAGGCCGACCAUGAGGCACAUCGCCAACCUGGACGUCCUUUCCCAAAACUGA